AUGCUGGAAGCAAGAUCACCAUACCAACCAGACAGUCUCUGGUAUUAUGCGCCAAAUAAAGGCGCCCCCAUUGCCUUUGCAAUUCUCUUUGCCACAUCUGGUUUCAUGCACUUUUAUCAAUGCCACAAAUACAAAUCAUGGAAAGUGACUGGCCUUUUGCCAUGGUCUGCUCUUCUCUUCACGGCUGGAUUUGUGAUGCGCACCAUUGGGGCUUUUGGACAAUGGGGCAACUUGGCUGUUUAUAUCUCGAGCACUGUUCUCCUGCUAGCUGGACCUCCCGUCUAUGAAGGUGCCAACUUCUUCACUCUCGGUCGUAUCCUCUACUACAUCCCCUAUCACUCGCCCAUCCAUCCAGGACGAGUAUUCACAACCUUCAUCGCCCUAGGCGUCGUCAUCGAAGUCAUCACUGCCAACGGGGCUGCGCUGGUAGCCAACACAAGCAACCCACAGAGCAGCCAAGACACAGGCAAAGCGCUGCUAAAAGCUGCCCUGAUCCUGCAGAUUGCGCUGAUGGUGGGAUUUGUCGCAUUGGCAUCCAAGUUCUACUACAACUGCUCUCGAGGAGGUGUGCUGAACCACAAGGUCAAACGGGCUUUGUAUGUGCUCUACUGCAGCUGCACUCUCAUCACCAUUCGCACAAUCUAUCGGACGGUGGAGUACUUUACCGCGGCCAGUCUGAAUGCCAGCAAUGUCAAAGACAUCAGUCCUAUUCUGAAAGACGAAUGGUUCUUUUGGGUCUUUGAGACGGCUGUCAUGUUCAGCAAUACUGUCCUGCUCAAUGUGCUCCAUCCCAUGCAGUGUCUUCCUCGCUCCAACAAGAUCUAUCUUGCGACAGAUGGCGUGACGGAAAUUGAGGGACCUGGCUAUGAGGACAAGCGGCCUUUCAUCCUGACUCUCUUUGACCCUUUUGAUUUGACAGGUCUUAUUUUUGGGCGAGAAAAGCAGCGGAAGUUUUGGGAGGAUGAUGCUCAUAAUGCGGCAUCUACAGCUGCAUUGUAG